AUGGCAGUGAUUGUGGAUUUGGUCAGAAAGAAUCCCCACUGGGGUAUAAGCAUUGCUAGUAGAGACAAGAAAACGCCUGCCGCCAGUGUCUAUGGGGCUGUCUGGUUCACAGUGGACAGUCCGCACAUGCCAGUUUGGUGUCGUGUGAAACGUGCUGUCAUGCAAGUGUUCUAUCAACUCCUCUUUGUGGCUGCAGGAUUGCUGGUGUGUGGGGUUGUAGUGCUGGUGUUGAGAUACAGACGCAGACAUCAGGACGAGGAGACCAAGGAGGUGUACCACCUGGUGGAGAGAAUUAUAGAUAUUAUGAAGAGGCAUAAUGAUGAGUGCCAAGUUAAUAAGUCACUGGAGCCUUAUCUUGCCAUUCCACAUGUUAGAGACAUGCUGAUCCCUCUUCAGCUCAGGAGGAAGAAGCAAGGGGUGUGGGAUAAAUCAGUGAAAUUUCUGGCAGCAAACGAAUCUCGUAUCCGGGAGGAAACGCAGCAUGUGAAAGGAGAAGAGUUUGCUGUGUGGCGGUGGAUAGGGGGCUUUCCCAGUAAUGGUAAAAACAAGGUAUGGCAGGGACAAGCAUUUGGUGAGAAUUGUGAUGUGGGAUACAACCUCUUGCCGUAUAGUCCUACUAAUUGCCUGAAGAUCAGGAACAUGUUUGACGCGGAUGUAGAGUGUGGUCAAGACUGGCACAUCUAUGUCCAAGAUGCUAUUUUAGAGAAGUGUAAAGAGAAUAAAGGAAUUCUUCACCUGGCUGUGGACAAGACUUCCAAAGAGGGUUGUGUGUAUAUGAAGUGUAUGACCCCAGAUGCAGCAGGGGAAGCUUACAGAGCUUUACAUGGCUGGUGGUUUGAUGGCAACCUUGUCACAGUGAAGUACUUGAGAUUAGAGCGCUAUCACGAGAGAUUCCCAGACGCAGCAAACUCCACAGUUCCCCUGGUGCCCUCCAAUAACAAGAUGAGAUCUCUGUCCCAGCCGUAUCAUCGCUCACCGUUAGAGAGAUCAUAGAUCACGCAGACAAACUUGUUUUGCCAACUCAAUAAGGCAGUGGAUGUCCCAGUUUAUAUAUUAGCACUAGCCUUGGUAUUGGUUCAGAUUGUUUCACCAGCUAUUCAGUAAAUUUGUUUGAUAAGGUGUCAAGCUGAUGUAAGUUUGUAUAUUGUAGUCUAAUCAGACAAGUUAGAUAUAUUAUAUAUAUAUAUAUAUAGGUUAAAAUAGAUAUUGUAUAGAGAUGAUAUUGAAUGUGUGUACAUGCACAUUGAGAAUAUUAUGUGAACAUUUUGCAGGAUAUUCCUGGUCAUAGAUGGUGAUAAAAGUCCACGGUUAAGAUAGUGUGUAAGGGCAAGGUUAGCAAAAAUGAUAAGCAGUCACAAUUAUGUGAAGUUUAUCUACUAUUUCCGACAUUUAGUUUUUGGCAUGGAUGUGGGGUGGGGAGUUGAUAAAUUAAAAUACAGACCAGAUGCAGUUUCCAUAUAUUUCAGCUCAAAUUUACUGAAUUUCACCUUAUUUGUGUAUACAGCACUACGUAUUGUUGUUUUACGUCUGGUCAGGGUAUGUUGUAUUGAAACAUAAUUCUUGGGUAUUGUAAUGCGUAUGCACAAUUUAGAAAAUAUUGUUUCAUCAGCAAUUUUUUUUAAAUACAAAUUAAGAAGUUCUUUUUUGAACAGCUUGGAAUAUGCAUUGAUACUCUGCCAGCAAAUGUUGCAUAUGGUUUCUCUUAGAAUUCCUCAUUGGAUGUGGCUGUGAAAGACAUUCUUUGGAGAACUGAUUGUAAGCAGAUAAAGCAGCAGUAGGUAAAGAAAACAAUAAAAUUCCCAAGCUGUUCAGGAAGGAAGUUUUUUUUUCAUUUUAUUAUUAUUUUUUUCUUCUU